AUGUGUCACAGAAAGUCGUCACAUCCCAUGAGUGUGGUGAAUGGUGCAGUUGACCACCGGGUACUACCUGCUCUUUCUCUAGGUAACAGCAGAAGCGGCAGGAUCCAGGCAUACUUGCAUCUUUGCAUUGACACACCACUGCAGGCAGGACUUCCAUCCUUCUUUCGGCAUUGGGUUGCCACAUCAUUUGGGGUCACCGAAGAUCUCGUUUCCCAUCCAGUCGGCGGCAUCGGUCGUUCCAACGCCAUCAAUUCCUCCUCAUGCAAUGAUUGCGAGGUAAUUAGACGAGACGUUUGUAUCAUUGGCGGUGGUGCUGCCGGCACAUAUGCUGCCAUAAACCUACUCCAGGAGGGUUAUUCUGUGGUUGUGAUUGAAAAGACUGGUCGCUUGGGUGGUCAUACUAUCACGUACAUCGAGCCGACCACGGACACACCGCUUGACUUUGGCGUGACCCUUUUUGAAGAUUCGCCUGAGACCAUAGACUUCUUCUCCCAUCUUGACGUGCCUUUUGCGAAAGUUUCAAAUGGCGGCGGUCAGAUGGAACGCGUUGACUUUGAAACCGGCGAAAUUGUGGACCCCUAUCCCGGGAAUGUCAGCGAGGCUCUGGAGCGUUAUGGAGACAUUCUCCGACAAUAUCCAUACCUGUUAGAGGGUUGGAAUCUUCCAGAAGACGUCCCAGAGGAUCUCUUGAUGCCAUUUGGGGAGUUCGUUGAAAAGUACGACCUGGGGGCUGCCGUCGAGCUGAUCAGUAUCUACAGCCAGGGCGUGCGCAACUGGCUCAACUACCCUACAGUCUAUCUAAUGAAGUUCGUGUCACUGGAUAUGCUGAGAGCACUUGAGACGGGAUUUCUGUCCACUGCUCGGCAUGAUAAUUCAGAACUGUAUGAGGCUGCCUUGGCGGAGCUGGGGGAUGACGCCCUCCUUGAUAGCGUUGUGGUGCAGGCGUGUCGCGAGGACGAUGAGCUGCAUCGAUUGAGGGUGGAAUCGUCAGGUGGGAAGAGUUGGAUUAUCGAGGCCAACACAACCAUCCUGGCGGCCCCUCCAACUGGACAGGUGCUGGAUGGCCUCGAUCUCGACGAUUUUGAAUCUUCUCUUUUCAGCCAAUUCAUCUACGGACACUACUACGCGGGCCUGGUGCGGGUAGAUGGAUGCCCCGAGGGAGUCCAAAUUGUCAAUCGCGGGUCCGACAGACCUUACUCGCUUCCCCUUCUUCCGUGUAUCUUGAUGAUGUAUCCGACCGCGGUGCCAGGUGUGAUGGCCGUUGGAUACGGUAGCGAGGAGCCCAUGACGGAGGAACAGGUCAAGGCGGCGAUUGUGGAGGAUAUUCUAGGACUGCGACGAGCUGGAUACGAUGUCGACGACCCAGAAUUCCUGGCGUUUGCCGACCAUUCCCCAUUUGAAAUGUCAGUUGGGCGGAAGGCCAUUGAGGAUGGAUUCUACCAGGAAUUGAAGAAGCUGCAGGGUCACCGCAAUACGUACUAUGUCGGGGCGACUUUUGAAUAUCCAGGAUCCUCGGCCAUCUGGCGAGCGGUGGAUCGACUGUUGCCAUCAAUUAUGGAGAGUAUUGACAGGCCACAGAAGUCAAAGUUGUAG